CCGGCUGCCGGGAGCUGGCUGGGCCGCGGACCGCGGGGCCGGGGUUGCGGCUAGGGGUCUGGCCGCCCGGUGUGUAGGGGCCAUGCCGCCGGGUCCCCGGGCCUGCUUUGCUCCGCUCCCCGGCCGCCGCGCCCCGCGUCCCCGCCGGGAUGGUGAACCUGGCGGCCAUGGUGUGGCGCCGGCUCCUGCGGAAGAGGUGGGUGCUGGCCCUGGUCUUCGGGCUCUCGCUGGUCUACUUCCUCAGCAGCACCCUCAAGCAGGAGGAGAGGGCAGUGAGAGAUCGGAAUCUCCUCCAGGUUCAGGACCACGACCAACCCAUUCCGUGGAAGGUACAGUUCAACUUGGGCAAUAGCAGCCGGCCAAGCAAUCAGUGCCGGAACUCCAUUCAAGGGAAGCACCUCAUCACAGACGACUUGGGGUACGUCUGUGAACGGAAGGAUCUGCUGACCAACGGCUGCUGCGAUGUCAGCGUCCCCAGCACAAAGCAGUACUGCUGCGACGGCUGCCUGGCCAACGGCUGCUGCAGUGCCUAUGAGCACUGUGUGUCCUGCUGCCUGCAGCCCAACAAGCAACUUCUCCUGGAGCGCUUCCUCAACCGGGCAGCGGUGGCAUUCCAGAACCUCUUCAUGGCAGUGGAAGAUCACUUUGAACUGUGCUUGGCUAAGUGYAGGACCUCUUCCCAGAGUGUGCAGCACGAGAACACCUACCGGGACCCCGUGGCCAAGUACUGCUACGGAGAGAGCCCACCGGAGCUCUUCCCUGCGUGACGGCUGCUGCAGCCUGGGCCCUGAGACACUGCUGGAGGAUGCGCCACCCAGGGCCAGACUUAAAUGUCCCAGCCAGUCCAGGGCAAGGAGACAAGGUGGCAUGGGGACAUUUUGACUGUGACCACUUCCUGUGCUGUCCACGGGCGCUGCCCACCAUCGGGCUGCACCUGGCAGAGCUUUUCUAUGAAGCGGACUGGAACCUCGGGCUGGGCCCAGGCAGGAAAGAACCGCGGGCUAAGCUGGGGGUGGUGUCGGCCUCCCUGGAGACUCAUCUCGGCACCCACACAGGGGCCUGUGGCUUGUGUCCAUCAGGCUCCGGGUGUUCACUUCCAUUUUGAUCUGGGCUCUUCUCUGUAAAAUUAUUUAUUAGAUUCCUUUGGAAUACUGGGAAAACCAUAGUGUUUAUGGAGGAAAAUGCCUUACCAUUCUAGUUGAAUAUAUUCAAAGAAAUUAUUUUUGUUGUUGUCCUCGGGUCCUAGAGUUUCACGACUUAAAUUGUCCCUUCACCCAGAUAAAAUGGCUUGUCCCUUGGAAUGUGGAUCUUCUCUCUAGGGAGUUAUUUUUGGUUUUGACAAWGUCUUUGAGAGUGGGUGUCAGAUACAACGGAGGAACCAUAUCCUGGCUUUUAAAAUCAUCUGAACACUCCGAACUGCUGCGUUCUAACCUCGGGCAGCGCUGCCAGCAGUGGCCCUGAGGGCCCUGGGCCCUGUUCUGGGUUUCCAUGUGCCAUCUGCCUUAGGACUGUUCCAGCCACGGUGGUGACGUGUCCAGAGGCGGUCCUUCUCCCUUCCUGCAUCGCUGUCGAAGGACUGGGAUCUGCUCAGUGUGGCACAAGGGGGCCUCCUCCCCUCUCCUGUCACAGAAGCCCUGUGCUGAGGCCAUUCCUGGGCACACAGCUGUUUACUGCUUCAGCGUUUUUGUAGCAGGUAUAAAUGUUCAGUUUUCCUAUGAUUUUUGGAGAAGAAAAUCCAA